UGUUGUGUAUGCAGUAAGUACAAACACGUGUGUUGUGUAUGCAGUGAAUACAAACACAUGUGUUGCGUAUGCUGUGAAUACAAACACUUGUGUUGUGUAUGCAGUGAAUACAAACACAUGUGUUGUGUGUGCAGUAAAUACAAACACGUGUGUUGUGUAUGCAGUAAAUACAAACACGUGUGUUGUGUAUGCAGUAAAUACAAACACGUGUGUUGU